AUGUCAAAUGAAAUAUUUCACCAAUUAAUUCGAACGGAAAACAUAAAAACCGAACAAUUACCAUCAUUCGAUUAUGAAACAAAUCAAGUAAAUAAUUCAUUAAUUCGAAAAGAAAAUAUAAAAAUCGAACAAGAAUUACUCGCUGAAUUCAUAACCAAAGAUGAAAAUAUUCACGAAACCGAAGAAACUUUUAUUUGUAAUAUUUGUGGAGAGGUAUUUAUGGAACAAACUCUUUUAAAUAACCAUCAAGUUAACCAUGAAAAAGAAAAAUCAUCGAAUUUAUGUAAUGAUAAUCACCAAAUUUAUAUUGAAAAACCAUUUAUAUGUUAUCUUUGUGGUAAAAAAUUUAAAGUUCAAAUUCAACAUAAACGUGUUCAUAUCGAAAUCGAUAAAGAAAAACAUUAUACUUGUGAUGUGUGUAAUAAAAAAUUUAACGCACAAAGUGAUUUAACUAGACAUAAACGAAUUCAUACCGGUGAAAAACCUUAUACAUGUGAGUUUUGUGAUAAAAAAUUUAAUGGCAGUAAUGAUUUACUUUUACAUAAACGUGUUCAUACCGGUGAAAAACCAUAUACAUGUGAUAUUUGUGAUGGAAAAUUUGCACAACGUGCAUCUUUAAUUCGACAUAAACGUAUACAUACUGGAGAAAAACCAUUUUCAUGUGAGUUUUGUGAUAAGAAAUUUGCACAACAAGCAUGUUUAACCGUACACAAACGAAUUCAUACCGGUGAAAAACCAUAUCAAUGUGAUUUUUGUGAUAAAAAAUUUACAAGUCGUGGUUGUUUAGUUAAACAUAAUCGUAUUCAUACGGGUGAAAAACCAUUUUCAUGUAAUGUUUGUGAUAAAAAAUUUGCUAUACAUUCAAGUUUAGUUCGACAUAAAUUAUGUCAUGUUGGUAAAAAACUUUUCGAAUGUGAUGUUUGUGAUAAUAAAUUUACGAGUCAAAGUAGUUUAUUUCGACAUACAAAAAUAGUUCAUCGAAAAGGAAAAGUGUUGGAAAAUAACGGAGAAAAAUCACAAUCAAUAAAUUUUGAAACAAUUGAUGUUAAUAAUCCAUUAAAUAUUAAAGUUGAGGGGGGCCAAGUUGAGCAAGAAUUUAACACCGAAAUUAAAUGUGAAGUGAAUAUUGUUGAAGCUCAAGAGCUUUUUAAUUGUGACUUUUGUGGUAAGAUAUUUAACGAACAAAUUGAAUUAAAUAAACAUCAAAUUAUUCAUAAAAAAGAAAAAUCUCAAAGUAAAAGAACUCAUACAGGAGAAAAACCACUAGAAAGUGGUGGUAUUUGUAAUAAUUUUGAGACAAUUCAUGUAAAUCCAUUGAUCCAAAAAGAAGAUAUUAAAAUUGAAAAAGAAUUACACACCGAUUUAAAAGAUGAAGUUGACGAAACUGAAGAGUUUUAUAAUUGUGAUGUUUGUGGUGAGAUAUUUAUUGAAGAAAUUCAUUUAAAAAAUCAUCAAGUUUUUCAUAAAAAAGAAAAAUUUGAUUUGUGUGAUGAUAAUCAUAAAAAAUUGAUCGAUGGAAGUGAAGCAGUUAAGCAUAAACGAGUCAAUAAUGGAGAAAAAAAUGUUGUUCCUGAUAAAAAAAUGGUCACAUAUCAAAAAUUAGUUGGAGAUUUUGAAACAAUUCAUCAUGUAAAUAAUCCAGAAGAAAUUAAAAUCAAAAAAGAAUUACACACCGAUUUAAAAACUGAAGAUGUUGAUGAAGAAAUUUUUAAUUGUGAUUUUUGUGGAGAAAUAUUUAUCAAGGAAAUUCAAUUAAAUAAUCAUAAAAUUAUUCACAAGAAUGAAAAAUCUAAAUCAUGUGAUAUUUGUCAUAAAAAAUUUACACGACAUUCAAGUUUAGUUGUACAUAAACGAAUUCAUACCGGAGAAAAACCUUAUAAAUGUGACGUUUGUGAUAAAAGAUUUAAUGGCGGUAAUGAUUUACUUUUACAUAAACGAGUUCAUACCGGAGAAAAACCUUAUACUUGUGAUAUUUGCGAUGAAAAAUUUAAACAACGUACAGCUUUACUUCGACAUCAACGUACACAUACUGGAGAAAAACCAUUUCCAUGUGAUAGUUGUGAUAAAAAGUUUACAGAACGGGAAAAUUUAAUUGUACACAAACGAAUUCAUACGGGAGAGGAAAAACCAUUUCAGUGUGAUGUUUGUGAUAAAAAAUUUAAUCGUAAAAGAUAUUUAAAUUUACAUAAACUAAAUCAUACUCGAGAAAAACCAUUUGUGUGUAAAGUUUGUAAUAAAAGAUUUUCAUUACGUAAAUAUUUACGUAGUCAUAAACCAUGCUAUGCCGAUAAGAAACUUAAUCGAAAAUCUAGUUUAAUGCGACAUAAACUACUUCAUACAGAAGAAAAACUUUUAGUGUGUGAUGUUUGUGAUGAAAAAUUUAUCACAGAUUUAGAUUUGGUUAAUCAUAAACGAAUUCAUAUUGGAGUCGAGUCGAGUGAAGAUUCUAGCAAGUUCUAAGGGUAGGGUGAGAUAUAAAUGGACACCGCGUUCCCUAAUAUACGAAAGGGAAAGAUAUUUUUCAAUAUUACCAGGGGGGUGAAACUCAAUGUUAAGCGGUUCGUUCUUGUUUGGCCAAAGCAUAGACGCAGAAAAUGGACUGGACGUUCCUAUCUAAAUAUACAGUAAAUAAAAGCAGAAAUUUUAAGAGAGACAAAUUUCUGUUCGGCCAAUUAUGUCUAUGCUACAGAGACUUACAGAAAAUAGACAGGUAUUGGCCGCAAGAGUGGAUAAUUUCUUUUAGGAUAUUGUUUAGUCCAUUCUUUUUUUUUUUAAUUUUCAUUUCUCAUGUUUCGAAAGCUCCACGUGAGACAGUACUUUAAACAUGUUAUUUUACAUGCUAUCAAUUACCUGUAACCAAAUUUUCAGUGAAUCCCAAAAUUUUUGUGCUCAGAGUUAGUUUAUUUCUGUAUACUAC